AUGGAUUCAACAACCACAGCAUUCCAUAACGAUAAUGAUGAUGAUGAUUCGCAACGACCAAAGGUACCAACAUUUUCUGCAGAACGACGCACCACCGAAACCCCAGACCAAUUUGUAUACAAAAAUCGCCUGCCAACAAAUCCAACUAAUAAUCAACAAGGUCAGUGGUUUAAAAAUACUGGUUACAAACAAACAAAUAAUGCCCAUUACAAUGUAAAACUACUGAGCGAUUUAGCGGGUGAUUUCAGCCACCUACUUAAUAGAACAGAUAUUAGUGACUGUUGGCUCAACGUUAAUGGUACUUAUAUGGCUGUUCAUCGAUGUAUUCUCGCUGCACGUUCAAGUACUUUUUCUGCUAUUAUGUCAGGCAAUGACAGUCGGCUUAGUCCUGAUACAAUAAAAGAAUUUCAACUAUCAGAGAAGAAUGACAAGUUAGAAAUAUCUAUUACUAAAGCUAGUCCUGAAAUAAUGAAACAAGUUAUUAUAUUUAUGUAUACGACUGAAUGUGAAUUAAAUGAAACCAAUGCAUAUGACCUUCAUGAAGCUGCUGGACGAUAUGGUAUUAAAAGUUUAAAAAAUUAUACUGCUGAAUUUCUUAUAAAUCACAUCAAUCCCAAAAACUUCGUGAGUUUAAUAAAAAUCGCAGAUAAAUACCGUCAUCAAACGCUUAAGAACAGAUGUAUUGAGUAUUUUAUUGAUCAUGGUAAGGAAGUAACGGAUAUGACUGGUUCGUGGACAGAAUUCUGCAGCGAACAUAAAGGAAUUGUUUCUGAAUUACUUUAUUGGACAGUUCACAAAGAUAAGUUCCACGAACAAGUAGAACGAUCACAGUUACAAUCACAAUGGUAA